AUGACACUGAGAAUAGUGACAUUACUGUGUUAUCAUUAUAUUGAGUUCACUGAGGGAGUGACAUUACUGUGUUAUCAUUAUAUUGAGUUCACUGAGGGAGUGAAAUCACUAUGUUAUCAAUAUGUUGUGUUAACUGAGGGAGUGACAUCAAUAUGUUAUCAAUAUGUUGUGUUAACUGAGGGAGUGACAUCACUAUGUUAUCAAUAUAUUGAGUUCACUGAGGGAGUGACAUCACUAUGUUAUCAAUAUGUUGUGUUAACUGAGGGAGUGACAUCAAUAUGUUAUCAAUAUGUUGUGUUAGCUGAGGGAGUGACAUCACUAUUUUAUCAAUAUAUUGAGUUCACUGAGGGAGUGACAUCACUAUGUUAUCAAUAUAUCGCAUUAACUGAGGAAGUGACACCACUAUGUUAA